AUGUCCUUUGGAGCCCAUCCCCGAAAGGCCAACAAAAAGAAUUUGCCACUGGAAACUCUAAUGCCACAAGUUCCACGUAGCAAUUACUUGCAGUUUCAGGAAGAAAAGCAAAGACUACAACUAAAGAAAUUCCUUCUUCAUAGGAUGUUCCUAGUGGCCAGGAUAACAGCAAACAUAGAAAAAAAAGAUAUUGCUGACUACUACGAACAAUUGUUUCAGUCAAUUUUGAAACGUCAUAUAGGAGAAGCAGUGACAGGAUUAUUGCUCAUAUAUCCUAGGUCCAUUCUGCAUAUCCUGGAGUCCUCCAGUGGUACUUUUUACCAAAUUCUUUUAGAUUACCUGAGCCAUAAAAAGGAUGAAAUGGAAUUUUUUAUCCAAGGAAUGAAGAUUAUAGUCAUGUCCCACAAUAUCCCAACAAGGCUGUUUAUGCAGUGGCAUGUUUCAGUAGUAAAAGCGCCGGUCAUGUAUCUAGAUGAUGUGACACAGACACAGUCCCUACAAGAGGUCAUGACAGAAUUUCUCAUCCAAACACACAAACUAGCACUUCACCUUUUUAAGACUGUGAAAUUGAACCCUAAAGGACCAGGCGACAGUUUGCACCAAGCUGCACCUGAAUUACUCCUCCCAGAACAAAUAAUAAAGUACUUGUGCAACUCUGCAGAAUUAAUGGACCCAGAAGGUUUUAUAAACAUGUACAAUAAACCCAUACAUGUCACAUUGGAUUCUGAGGUGGUAUGGCCCGCUCCUUCCCGUUUCUAG